AUGGCGUCUCCACAGCAGCUCCGCACCACGACGACCGAUCUGCUCAAGAUCAACCACCCCGUCCUCCUGGCCGGCAUGAACGUCGCCGCUGGCCCCAAGCUGGCCGCCGCCGUCACCAACGCCGGCGGCUUGGGUGUCAUCGGCGGCGUGGGAUACACCCCGGACAUGCUGAGGGAGCAGAUCGCGGAGCUCAAGAGCUACCUGAAGGACAAGAACGCCCCUUUCGGCGUCGACCUGCUGCUGCCGCAGGUCGGGGGCAGCGCGCGCAAGACCAACUACGACUACACCAAGGGUAAGCUCGACGAGCUUGUCAGCAUCAUCAUCGACAGCGGCGCCAAGCUGUUCGUCUCGGCCGUCGGCGUCCCGCCCAAGCACGUCGUCGAGCGCCUCCACAAGGCCGGCAUCCUCUACAUGAACAUGAUCGGCCACCCCAAGCACGUCCAGAAGUGCCUGGACCUCGGCGUCGACCUCAUCUGCGCCCAGGGCGGCGAGGGCGGCGGCCACACGGGCGACGUGCCGACCACCAUCCUGAUCCCCACGGUCGCCAAGCUGUGCGAGGGCAAGACGUCGCCCAUGACGGGCGCCCCCGUCCAGGUGGUCGCCGCCGGCGGCAUCUUCAACGGCCAGACGGUGGCGGCGGCCUUGAUGCUGGGCGCGUCGGCCGUGUGGGUCGGCACGCGCUUCAUCCUCGCCGACGAGGCGGGCGCGCCCAAGGCCCACCAGGAGGCCGUCCGCUCGUCGGGCUUCGACGACAACGUCCGCACCAUCAUCUUCACCGGCCGGCCCCUCCGCGUGAGGAGAAACCCUUACAUCGAGAACUGGGAGACCAACCGCCAGAACGAGAUCAAGGAGCUCACGGCCAAGGGUGUCAUCCCGGUCGAGCACGACCUGGAGAAGCUGGGCGACGACAUCGACGACGACACCAUGGACAACGCCAGGCCGUUCCUCAUGGGCAAGGCGGCCGCCGUGGUGAACGAGAAGAAGAGCGCGCAGGCGAUUGUCGAUGAGCUCGUUGGCGACGCGGCCAAAUGGAUAAGCAAGGGCAAUGCUUCCAUUGUGAGCAAGCCCAAGCUGUGA